AUGGCGGACCCCCGCGAGUCGUCGUCCUACUCCAUCGUGCCGCGCAUUCGGUACAACACCGUCGGAGGUGUCAACGGACCGCUGGUCAUCCUCGAGGGUGUUAAAUUCCCGCGAUACAAUGAAAUUGUCAACCUCACACUGCCCGAUGGCACAGAGCGGUCUGGUCAGGUCCUGGAGGCCAGAGGUGACCGCGCAGUCGUCCAGGUGUUCGAGGGUACAUCGGGUAUCGAUGUCAAGAAGACAAAGGUUGAGUUCACAGGCCAGAGCUUGAAGCUCGGUGUGUCCGAGGAUAUGCUGGGUCGUAUCUUUGAUGGAUCAGGACGAGCCAUCGACAAGGGCCCCAAGGUCCUGGCCGAGGACUACCUCGACAUCAACGGUCAGCCCAUCAACCCGUUCUCGCGAGAGUACCCCGAGGAGAUGAUCUCGACUGGUAUCUCCACUAUCGAUACAAUGAACUCGAUUGCCCGUGGUCAAAAGAUUCCCAUCUUCUCUGCUGCUGGUCUGCCGCACAACGAAAUUGCCGCCCAGAUUUGUAGACAGGCUGGCCUCGUCAAGCAGGCCCAACAGCACGGCAUCACCAACAAGGGAACCCACGACGGUCACGAGGAGAACUUCUCCAUUGUCUUUGGUGCCAUGGGUGUCAACUUGGAAACCGCUAGAUUCUUCACUAGAGACUUUGAGGAGAACGGUAGUCUGGAGCGUGUCACUCUGUUCCUCAACUUGGCCAAUGACCCUACCAUUGAGCGUAUCAUCACGCCUCGUCUUGCUCUUACCACUGCCGAAUACUACGCCUACCAGCUCGAGAAGCACGUUCUCGUCAUUCUUACCGAUCUGUCAGCUUACUGUGACGCUCUUCGAGAGGUCUCGGCUGCCCGAGAGGAAGUUCCUGGACGUCGUGGUUUCCCUGGUUACAUGUACACUGAUUUGUCGACCAUCUACGAACGAGCUGGACGUGUCACUGGCCGAAAUGGAUCCAUUACCCAGAUUCCCAUUCUGACCAUGCCCAACGACGAUAUUACGCAUCCUAUUCCUGAUUUGACUGGAUACAUUACUGAGGGUCAGAUUUUCGUCGACAGACAACUGCACAACCGUGGUAUCUACCCGCCGAUCAACGUUCUUCCGUCCUUGUCUCGUCUGAUGAAGUCUGCCAUUGGCGAGGGAAUGACGCGCAAGGAUCACGGUGAUGUCUCCAACCAGCUGUACGCCAAGUACGCCAUUGGUCGUGACGCUGCAGCCAUGAAGGCUGUCGUCGGUGAGGAGGCCUUGUCCAACGAGGACAAGCUGUCGCUUGAAUUCCUGGAGAAGUUCGAGAGAAGCUUCGUGGCACAAGGUGCCUACGAGAGCCGUUCCAUUCACGAGUCGUUGGAUCUGGCCUGGAGCCUUCUGAGAAUCUACCCCAAGGAACUUCUCAACAGAAUCCCCGCCAAGGUCAUCCAGGAGUACUACCAGCGAUCGGCAGGAAAGGGCAAGGAGAAGGAGAAGGACACCAAGAAGACACACCCAGAAGACCAGCAAGAGGAGAACCUCAUUGACGCAUAA